GGAUGCCUAAGUCAAGAGCGGCUCAAAGGCCCACCGAGCCGGGGAGGGGCGGCCUGGGCAGUGUUUGAGGAGGUCACCCUGGAGACGGCCUGAGCUCCCACGGGAACUGCAAGACUAAGCAGCAGCCCGGCUUCUGCAGCUCCACUGAGGACGUUCCCAGGUCCAGGCAGUCCGGCCUGCCACCCAGCUCACAGCAGUAUUUUUUUUCCUAGAGCGUGUUAUGAUGUCAGCCUUGGCUAAAGAGAAAAUGUUUCUUGCACUGAAGAAAAGAGGGAGUGUAUGCUCCCCGAAUAACCAUGAGUCCCAACAGAAGGAAGGUCGUUGGCGCUCUAAGCAUUCCGUCAGCACCGUGUCUCACGUGGAUGAGCCCAGCCCGCGUGAUGAAGCCUCUCGCCUCACAGUUCGCAUGGAAAACACCUACCAGCUAGGUCCCACCAGGCAUUUUCCUGUGGCCGCUGUCAAUCACAUUUUGAAAGAUGUACUAACUGCCUACCUACAAGAAGCGGAAUAUGACCCAGAGUUCUGCAGACAGAUGACUAAGACAGUUUCGGAGGUUAUUAAAGCCAAGGUCAAAGAAUUGAUGAUUCCCCGGUAUAAACUAAUUGUGACCGUUUACAUAGGACAACAGGAUGGUCAGAGCAUCCUUAUCAGCAGCAGAUGCCUCUGGAAUCCUAAAAGUGAUACCGUUUCAUCCUACGCGCUCAGAAAUUCUACUCUCUUUGCUCUGGCAAAUGUCUAUGCGGUUUAUUUUGAGUGACCGACACGAGGCUUGCAUUCCCGGUGUUUUCAAAUCGUGAGGCAGGCUGUCAGUCUCUCUCCACGAAAGUUCUACUAGCAACACCUGUGAGAAGGGAAGAAGAUGAACAAUUCAAACAACUGGAAGCUUCCAUCACUCCUGUGAGGACUGGUGGAGGGGAGGGCAGCCCAAGAAAGAACCUUGUUUCUCCAAAACCGCAGUUGAGUGUGGUUCACAUAAACAUGGAUGUUGACUAUUACUUUGGGUACUAAUUCUUUUGAUUUCUCUUUUAGUUGGAGAGAUAGAAUUCUCUAGAUUGCUUUUUUGAUAAAUUUCUAGAAAUAUAUGGUGACAUUCUGGGUAUAUAUCAUAUAGGACAGGAUAAUUUAACAUGGCACACACAAAAAAAAUGAUGAAUGUUAAUAUACUUCAGUACUGCAUAUAAAAUAAUAUGGUUUUCAUUUUACAUUUAAUAAAUUGAGCAGCGUUCAUUAACUGCAAUUACGGUUACAUGUACCUGACAGUUGAAAGUGCCGAAGAAGAAUUAAUGAUUUCAUAAUAAUUACCAUAGUCCCACGGGGCCACAAACUAAAUGUAGACGCUCUUGUGGGUUGCCUGCACUUUACAAAAUUGCAGGAGAACCGAACAUUGGCUCUUCAAUAAUGGAAACUAUAAAGUGGAAUACAGGCUUUUAAGGACACUAAAGUAGACAUUAUGCUAUUAAAUAUACAUGAUGCUUAAUAGUAAAUGUGUCUGUAGUGCCUAAGAUCAUGCAUUGGAAAGAGACACUACCCUUAAAUACACACUGCUCAUGUGACUCUGAGUACUUUUUUCUGGCCUAACCUUUACCCAGGAUUCAAAGCUGGCAGCUUAACAACUAAACCAUGUGCGUUUGCCAUUUUGUUCCUAUGAAUCUAGCAUGGAAGUGAGCCAGUGGGGUUUCUGAACGUAUGGGCAUUGACAUUUACAGGGCUGCAAUAGCUCUUCUGCCAGCUAAUGCCCCUUGUAGCACGGAUGGUUUAUUUUUAUGGCGCUUUCAGGUCUUUGUGUGCGUGAGAAACGACGCUGUGGCCUCA